ACAGAAAACUUUUUUUUUGACAGGAGCAGUUUUUUUCACUUAGUCCAUGCAGUCUUAGAACAGGUUCACCUGUUUGAUUGUUUGGAGUUCAAGCAGACGGAAUCUCUGCAGAGAUGUCUGACGAGGAAAUGCCCAGUUGUGAAGUUCCAGUCAAUGAAAGUGCGCAAGAGUGUCCCCUUAAAACCAUGCAGACUGAUCUGCAUGAACAGGGCACAAAUCUUAAUAAAGCUUGGACAAAUUUAUUUAGUUUGCUCUCCAAGUAUCAGGCAGAACUAAUUGUGAAGGAAAAUCAAAUUGAAAUUGCCGAGGAACAACUGGCAAUUCGAAAGAAGGAACUUACUGAUAUCAAUGAACGGGUUGCGAGGGAGGAAGAAAGUGAAUCGUUGAGAGAACAAUUGAAUAUCAAGGAAGCAUUGUUGUCGAAGUGCCAGGCAGAACUAGCCCACACCUCAGAUAUGUACCAAAAGACGCAGGCAGACUUAGCCGAUCGUAUUGCAUUAUUGGAUCAAGCCCAAAAUGAACAAAUACAAAUUCAUCAGAAAUUUGUGCAAAUUCAAAGUGAAAAUGCUCGACUCCAGACAGAGUUAGUCAUGAAAGUUGAGGAAUCAGUCAAGAAGGAUUCACUUGUGGAAAAGCUUCACAACCGGCUUAUUCAAGAAACAACGGAAUUAAGAAGUGUGGUUUCCAGACUUAAAGAUAGUCUCCAAAGCAAGACCAAACUUUUAGAAGUUGAGAAAAAGUCACAUAACACUACGAAGAGGCUACUUUCUCUCCAACAACCUUCAACAUCAGAGGCUAUAGAUUUGACAAGCGAUUCACCGUGGGUUUCGUCUGAAACAGACAUUCAUGACUUUACUGUUUCAUUGUCACUUCUGUCAAGGAAGGAGCACAGCCAGUCGUCGAACGUGAGUGGAGCAGUAGCCGAGGGAAGUUCCAUGGGUUUACCUGUCGACCAGGACUCAGUCUUCUUCCCCUUGAGUGCAUCCACAUCAGCUCAUCAACAAAAGCCUACUUUCGAGAAGCCGAUACCCAACAUUUCAUCAAAACCUCUUGGAAAACAAAAGGCUGCAAGCUUUAUAAAGUGUCCAGAUGCGCCGAUGCGUUUGCCAAGUGAUGAUAUAAGAGGUGUAGGCAGCAAACGUGGACAAUAUAAACAUUAUGAUCAAGAAUUCAAAUUGCGUGUGGGAAAGUAUGCGGCGAAUCAUGGAAAUUAUGCUGCCAUGAAACAAUUUAAAAUCGGUGGCAAGCCAAUCAGUGAAAGUACUAUAAGACAAUUCAGAAAGAAUUAUGUGAGUCUGGUGGACUCGGGGAAGAUUGAUCCUGAUUUGCCUCUGACUGAUCAGGUGGCGACAGCGAUUGUUCCAAAGAAGCGAGGAAGACCUCAGAAACUGAGACAAAAUAUUGUGUCUCACCAAAACACUGCACAUGAAUCUGAAGACGAUUCUUCUGUUGGGAAUCCAUAAAAGGUCAGAAAUAUUCUUUAUUCCUCCCAACAUUACUACAAUUGAAACUUGCCAAUGCUUUCAGGAAACGUCCAUUGGCCUUUGUCAAUAUCUUCUGUAUGUUAUUGUGCAUCUGGGUGUUGGGUAACCAACAAAACAUUGUAAAUCAGUCACCGAGGUGAAUUCGAAAAAUUAAAAUAACUAUUUCCUAAAGGCUUUGUUGAGUGGUCCAGUGAUAGGUUUGUUGGUUGAAUAUUUCGGGGACAGUUAAUCUCUGAAUGGGUGACUGAGAAGAUCUAUAUUUUCAGUUCAAUAGAUCAAAAUUUGACAUUUUUGUGUAAGCUUCAUGGAUCAUAGAUCCAUUUCUGCCAUGACUGCUCAGUCAUAUCCUAAAAACAGUUUUAGCUAGCUUUGUAAUCGAAUCGAUAUUGUGUACAUUCUAUAUUGCUCUGCAAAACAGUACA